UUAACAGAAAAUCUCUCACGUCUUGGACACAUAGAAAAAAGCAUACAAGUAAAAAAAAGGAAAAAAAGAAAAAGAAAAAAAAAAGACACCAUUGAAUUACAGAAAUACCCUCAUCUCCUACCUCAAUAGAUGAUGAUUGAAGAGUAAUAGUAUAUAUGUAACAACUCUCUUGAUACAGAGCUUUGCUUAUCUCUUCUUAUCCUAAUUUGUUUCUCUCCCUCCCUCCCUAACUAACUGAUCCCUUCUUAAUCUGUUACUCUUUCUUAUUCAUUUCUUUUGGUUUUAGUUUUCAAAACUUUUGGCUUCUCUAUUAAUAAACAACACUCUCUGUUUUUCUUCUACGUUCUGUUACGGCGUUGAUUACCAAUUAUGCUUUCCCAUAAUUCUGUUUCUGGCUACCGGAAUUAACCCCAAACACCCACACACACACACACACCAAAAAAAAAGAAGAAGAAGAAGAAGCUGGAUUUUAAAAUGGUCGAUACUACAGAGACGCAGGUGGAGUUUCCGCCGGAGAACCGCCGUGGUUUGCUGUUCGGGAAGUACGAGGUUGGGAAACUGGUGGGAUGCGGAGCGUUCGCGAAAGUGUACCACGGGAGGAACACGGGCACGGGCCAGAGCGUUGCGAUCAAAGUGGUGAGCAAGCAGCGGCUGCACAAGGGAGGCCUCAAUGCCAACAUCCAGAGGGAGAUCGCUAUCAUGCACCGUCUUCGCCACCCUUGUAUCGUGCGCCUCUUCGAGGUCCUUGCCACCAAAUCCAAGAUCUUCUUCGUCAUGGAAUUCGCCAAAGGCGGCGAGCUCUUCGCCAAGGUCUCCAAGGGCAGGUUCUGCGAGGACCUUAGCCGCCGCUACUUCCACCAGCUCAUCUCCGCCGUCGGUUACUGCCACUCCCGCGGCAUCUUUCACCGUGAUCUCAAACCCGAGAAUCUCCUCCUCGACGACAAGCUCGAUCUGAAGAUCUCCGAUUUCGGACUCAGCGCUCUCACCGAUCAGAUCCGACCCGACGGUCUCCUCCACACCCUCUGUGGCACGCCGGCCUACGUGGCGCCCGAGGUUCUGGCGAAGAAAGGCUACGACGGUGCCAAAAUCGAUGUCUGGUCAUGCGGGAUCAUACUCUUCGUCCUCAACGCAGGCUAUCUCCCUUUCAACGACCACAAUCUCAUGGUCAUGUACCGCAAGAUCUACAAGGGAGAGUUCCGCAUCCCCAAGUGGACCUCGCCGGAUCUCCGGCGGCUUCUGACCCGGCUCUUGGACACCAACCCGCUUACGAGGAUCACGAUCGAAGAGAUCAUCCACGAUCCGUGGUUCAGGCAGGGAUACGACGAUCGGAUGUCCAAAUUCCACCUGGAAGACUCCGAUAUGAAACUCCCGGGGGAAGAGACGGGAGCGAGGAGGAUGAACGCCUUCGACAUCAUCUCAGGAUCGCCGGGGUUCAAUCUCGCCGGUCUGUUCGGGGAGGCUCGAAAGUACGACAGAGUGGAGAGGUUCGUGUCGGCGUGGAGGGCGGAGAGGGUGGUGGAGAAGCUGGAAGAGAUGGCGGAGGCGGAGAAUCUGACGGUGGCGAAAAAGGAGGCGUGGGGGAUGAAGAUAGAAGGGCAAAAGGGUAAUUUCGCAAUGGUGGUUGAGAUAAAGCAGCUAACGGACGAGCUGGUCAUGGUCGAGGUGAGGAAGAGGCAAAGAGCAGCUGCAUCUGGACGCGAUCUAUGGAAGGAUACAUUCGCCCCUUACUUCCUCUCGAUCCUGCACCAACCGGACCAGUCGGAUCUAGAACCAUCAUCCCAAGUAAAUACGACGUCGCUCUAGUUUAGAAGCGAGGGAGGUUAACUCUCUCAACAAAAUUAUCCAAAUAAUAAUAUCCCGGGGUUAUCUGUAAUUGUUUUUGCCCCAUGGAGUAUAUUAAUUAUAUAUCUCUGACUUAAUAUAAGAGAUGAAAUCGUUAAUUAAUUAUAUAUUUAGUUGGUAUAAAUAUCUAUCUAUCUAUCUAUGUUCUUCUUAUGUAAUCAUAAUUACUUACUACAUCAAUGGAACGAAAGAAUGAAAAAAAAAAAAAA